GUUAAACUUGUAUCUGGUUUCGCCCCGUACGCUGGUCAAGUCUUGGUUUAUCACGCAGGUACCUGGGGCAUGGUUUGCUCAGACGGCUGGGACAAGAACGAUGCUUUGGUUGUUUGCAAGGAGUUGGGCUUUCCCGGUGUUACCAUGGUAGCAAAUUAUGGGUUUUUUGGUAUCGAGAAAACCAUAAGCAUAGAGCACAUGGGUUGUUAUGGCAAUGAAACAAAGUUGAGCGAAUGUUCAUAUAAUACAACUUCAGAGUGGUCGCCAUGUAGAACUGGAAGGUACAAGGGUGCAGGCGUUAUAUGUGAACCAAGCAACAUCACAGAUCCUAAGGGUAUUUCUACGUUAUCUCAGAUCAACUCAGUUAUAGUACCUUAACAUGUCAUUAAUGCUCUGUUCGCACCGCAAUUUUUGUUUUAAACUGUUUUUAGGCAACAAAAUUUUUUGUUACCUACUGACAGCUCUUUGUCUGGUCGCUGAUUUAUUUCGCAAACAUAAACAAUUAUUUUUAACAGUAGUUCCUUUAAUUCAUUUGACGUUUCUUGUUGCACGAAAACUUCUGCACGUCUCGGGUGCGAACAGGAUUUAAAAAGGAAAAAUUGUGGUAACUAAAUCUUCAAAGUUUUGGCGAAUGCCAAACUCUAUUUCUUGUCAUGGUGCAAACAGCGCAUAACUGAGAAUCAGUUGGCAUUUUGUGUUUUCUCCAGUCCCGCUUUUUGCCUUCCCACCCCUCCAACCCUUUUUCUCUGGGUCGCCCGUCACUCCAAUCUAAUUAUAUCCCAACCAUUUUUUUAGAUGUUCCCCAAAUCAGGCUAACCGGUCCCUCCCACAGAGAAGGAUCAGGAAAUGUUGAAGUAUUUAUAAACCGUCAGUGGGGAAGAAUUUGUGACGAUGCAUGGGACUUGGAAGACGCCCGUGUAGUUUGUCGUGAGCUCGGGUUUCCGGAUGCUGAAUAUGCUACAUGCUGUGGCUGGUACUUUGGACAGGCGUCUGGACAACCGCUCAUGGAUACUGUGGAAUGUACAGGAAAUGAAUCAUCGCUGUUUCAUUGUCGCCAUAUGGCAAGUAGUGAGGCAUCGUGCAGUAGGAGGGAUAGUGCUGGAGUCAUAUGCAAACUUAAUAAGCCAAACGGUAAGAAAAUCAUUCAUGUGGAGUGUGGGAAAUUGGCGCCAGACGGAGACGACGAAAAGAGUUUUGAAAGAAAUAUAAUCAUUAUCUGAAAAAUUCACCAGGUUUAUGCUAGGAAUACAGUGCGGCAGCCGAGCUGUCGCCGAGCACAGGCGAGUUUAGGCAACUACGGCGCAAGAAACUUGGAGAGGAAUACAGUUUAUAUUUUGAAAACAAUACCUCUGUAUACCACUCACUGGUGCAUUGCUUGACCCUUUUCUAUAAAUUACAACAGAGCAUCAAAUGGUAAAAAUUAAGGUUUUCUGGAGGCCCUUAGAAUUGUAACAGAGAACCAUGGAAAAUUCUCCACUGUUGUAGAGAGAGGGUAGACUGCAAAAAAGUGGGUUUUUUCUUCACAAUUGGUUUUUUAAGGCCUUAGCUUCGCGUGAGAUUUUCGCGCGAAGCGUGCAGCCUCUUGCCCUGUCCUCAGUCUCACACUUCGUCCUUACCCUCGCUCCAAGAGUUUUGUUUGACCGUUUCCUCGUUCUUGACCGUUCUUUCCUCGUUCUUGACCUCGUUCUUGACCGUUCUUUCCUCGUUCUUGACCUACACAAAAAAAUACGGGCUGUUCUACAGAGAGGGGUAUGCCUUUUGCACUCGGUAGAGAGGAGAAUGUAUGAUUUACAUAGAUUCUAAACCAAUCAUGGUAUCGCAGAGUUAAGGCUCCGCUUUAUUAUUGUUCUACUUGGUCAAUUUUGAGUGUAGGAUGUGCAUUACAACCCAGAUAAUAUAAUAAAAAGAGCUUGGUAAGGCUACAGUCACUGACACCAGACAGUCAGAUCGUAAGGUAGCAGUUUAGCUAUUGUUUGGGAUUUUGAGGUGUUGCAUUCUUGUUUUGUCUUCUCAGUUCGACUGGUGGGAUCUCCGCUUGCGCAUGCGGGUUUUGUCCAAAUCCGCCCGCAUGGUCGCUGGGGAUCGUUCUGUGACUGGUCAUGGGAGCUAACGCAAGGUCACGUGGUUUGCCGUGAAUUAGGAUAUCGGCGGGCCCUGUACACAACUAUUGGUGAAUUAUUUGGACAACAGUCCAGAGGGCCAAUUUGGGUAGAGGAGGCAGUUUGUGAUGGUAACGAGUCUUCAAUCUUUAACUGUGAUUUGAAGUACAUCUGGGACUAUGAAGAUGUUAUGGCAUGCGAUCACAGCCAUAGUGCGGGAGUAAUUUGUGAGUCAAACCACGAUCCUAGAUUGAACGGUAAGCUCAUGGUAGGUUCGUUGUCUUUCAUGAACUAUUCAGUAUUGGCGGCAUAAUAAUAUGUCGGUUAUCAGGUGGGAUUAUUUUAUUAUAAAUCACAGAGGACAGAGGCCGCAAAUUUUUGUUGCUCGAAAUAUCUAAAAUUCGUAACUGUUUAUCCGGGAUGCCUAAAAUGUGUGCAAUUCAACAAUUGGUUUCGACUGCAUUAAAUAUUAUACUAAUUGCAGAACAUUUUAGGAGAAGCCAUCCACAAUGUAAGCACAGUUACUGACAAGGUGCAUGAGUAGGAAAAAAAUCCACGCCCUCUUAUGUGUUUCACUUUUUUCCCUCUCAUCAUUUCUUAUCAUCUGAAGUUACUUCCUCACCUUGAGAAUAAGCUUUUUUUCCUUCUAGAAACAGCCCUUGUAAGAUUAAAAGGAAGCAAUGUCACACACAUGGGUCGCGUGGAAAUAAAACGGCACGGUUUCUGGCACGGUGUGUGUAGCAUUGGGUUUGAUAUACAUGAUGCUGACGUGGUUUGUCGACAGCUGGGAUUCUCUGAAGCUGUGCUUGAAGUUGCGCAUGGUCAGUUUGGUCUUGGUUCUGGACCCAUGUGGUUAACUAGAAUUCGUUGCCAGGGAAACGAGUCUUCGUUAGACGAAUGCGUGAGUGCUGGUUGGGAACUAGAGCCAAGUUGCAGAGACAAACAUGGCUCCGGCGUAGUGUGCAGAACGCCAAAUAUAACAAGCGGUAAGAAAGGCUCUCUCGCGAUAGACUUAAGACGACUCUACUGGAUUUUUCAGGGGCAAAACCUCCCAAGUUUGAGCAUUAACUACGUCGCCAUUUACAAAGAUUAAGGAAUGAUCACAACAGCUGUAUCGGAUCAUUAAGAUAAAAAUUGGAUAUGAUCAGUUUUGCGUUGACAUCGGAGAUGUCAUAGCAACUUAGUGACGUCAUUUCCUAUUUUACUUGCUGCUGUUUUUCUAGGCACUGGGCAGCUACUUUAAAAGCCAGCUUGAAAAAUUGAAAGAAAGAAAGGAAAGCAAAUGAAACCCGCUUUACGGACACCCGCUUAAUACGAACAGUUUUCUUUGCCGCUGAAGGCUUCUCUAAAUUUAACUUGAAAUCUUCAGUUGACAGCAUGUCGAUGUUAACAGGGGUAUAGCACAUACACCGGACAGGAUGAAUUGCAAACGUCAAUUUCAGGCUAUUUUGGCAUCGAACGAGUUAUUCACAGAACAAACGGUUUUGAUCAAGUAAUAUAUAUAUGAACGAUUAUUGAUUUUUUUAGACGAUUUAGUCCGUGAAAUAAAGGCUUUGUGAAAAGUUAAAGAUGUUUAAUUUGACGAUGCUGAUGUCCUCUUCUAUUUCUUAAGUAUUUGUUCAAAUAAAAGGGGCUUAUAACAGAACCCACAAAAACGGACAUCCCGUUAAUUCGGACUUUUUCUGUGGCUCCUUGACAUUGUAGGUAUUAAUGGGAGUUUGAAUGUAUCCGUAAAUACUGUUGAAGAGGUUUUAUUUCACUUAAAAAUUCACGCUGUAUGAUUUUAUCCACCGUAUCAAUAGUUAAAGCCAGAAUAUACAGUUAAGUAAUAGGUACCCUGUACAAACAGUUUAAUUUAGAGACUCAGAAGUUCUCAUUUCAUUUCCAAUUCUUCUAAUUGGCUCGGGAUAAGCCAGUGUGGUUAUUGAAGUAACAAAAACUGAGAACAAGUACCACUGGGGUAACAUUAAUAUUAAGAACAAAUCUGCUCGUACUUUGAUUGUUCAAUCAAGAGCUAUUAUUAUCAAGUUGCUAUGUUAACAGCGGUGAAGUUAGAAUUAUUGGUGUGUUUUGGUUUCUUUGGUAGAUGGCAAAGUUCGACUUCGUGGAUCUAGAAGUUCUAACGCUGGAAGAAUAGAAGUAAAGUUUGGAGGUGUAUGGGGCCUUGUAUCCGAGAGAGGCUGGGACAUCAGGGAUGGUCACGUGGUAUGUCGGCAGCUUGGAUAUCUUAAGGCAGUGCGCGUGUAUACGCAUUCCAGGUGAAACUGAGAACAUAAAACAACUACAGUCGACUCCCGAUAACUCGAACCCUCGCUAACUCGAACCUCGCGCUAACUCGAACCAAACUCGAUUUCCCCUGGAUUUCCGUUAUACAUUAACCGUAAUUUGCCCUCGGUAACUCGAACCCUCGAUAACUCGAACUCCCGCUAACUCGAACCAGUUUUCGUUUCCCCUCAGGUCAUUUUCUAUAUAAUUUUACUCUCGAUAAUUAACUCGAACCAUGUUUUGAGCCCUUGAAAGUCUUGAAAAAAGCCUUCUUCUGGCGUCCGAAACAUUGAAUUUUGGAUUUCCUAAUGACGUGUUGUAGGAGUAUAGUUUAUUAGUGGAGGCUGAUGUUGAUUUUUUUGUCACAGGCUAACGUGAAGCAGCUGUUCUUCUCAAGUGAAAACAGUAAAACGCAUGCUCUGUUUAGGCCAUGUUUUGUUACGUUACGUUCUGCUUUAUAAUCUAGAAGUAUCUUUUAAUUUUCACUUGACAUUUCUACAAUUAAAUGUGAUUCAAAUGUUCCCUGUGUAGUAAAAACUGUUUUUUACCUUACUCUCGGCUAUUUUCUUCGAACUCCCGAUAACUCGAACUCCCGAUAAGUCGAACCUUUUUUCGAUUUCCCUUGAAGGUUCGAGUUAUCAGGAGUCGACUGUAAUAAAAACUAAAUCUAUUUUUACAACAAGGAUAAGAAACGCGGUUCAUGAAUUUAUUAUUUAGCUAAAUCGUGCUUCGGCAAGAUGAAGGGAAUCCUGUGUUCUGACUGGCUAAUAACCAAGCGGCCAUGCAAGAUGGGCCCAUGUUACCCCGCCCGGAUUGGUUCCGCAAGGACAAGUUUGCUUUUUGGUCAUGAAUAAAUAUUUUAUGGGCCAAGCUUGAUCGGUCAAGAUGGAUUUUUAGCAAAGUUCUUUUUUGGAUUUUUAUGGACCGGGACAUUUUCGAGGUCAAUAAGAACCCUGGCUGGUAAUCGUUGUAAGGUGGAAGAGUUUCUUUAGUACAUAAUCAUCGGGAUUUCAGAAACAAAACAUGAAAUUAAAUAACAACAUCUUGAUGGUUACUUUAGGUACGGUUCGGUGAAUCUGAAUAUAUGGCUGAGUGAUCUGCAGUGCAGCGGAGAAGAAGAGCGUCUGUUGGAUUGCCCUAGAGAGUUGAACUACGACCUCUACACAUUUGCAAUGCUUAACGCUGGGGUUGAAUGUACAAACGAUACCAAUUAUACUAGUGGUAAGUCCUCAUCAAAUGUUAAAACGUAGUAGUAUUUCAUUCAGAAAAACUCCAACGCCUUUUUUUUUUCUGUUUCUAUUUUCGUCAUAUGCGAAAAUCGAGCUAGAUAAAAAAACGUGGAAAAAAUAAACGUGAACUAAAUGUACCGUCGUUCAAAACACAAAUUUAAGGAUGUGACAUCUAGGAAAAGUGCACACGCAAUUGCUUCGACCAAAAAAUUACUGCUUUAUCUGUAUGUGAAACGUCCAAGCCAUCAUUAAUCUAACAAGGAAAUGGCUGAGUUCCUAAGCGUUCUCUCUGGUCUCUUUGACCGUGUGAAACCACCGUCGCGAAGUCUGGUGCGGAGUUCAGGCUCGUUCAUUUCGGUUACGCCUAAGCAAGUAAUAGUUUCCAGCUCUAACCGAGCAGGACGGCCUGUAUAUAGGAACUAGGCUGGCUGUUCCGAUACAGAAUGUUUGAUUUAUCAAAUGCCCCUUUAGCAAGGAGAGCACCAGAGGUCUUAUUUUAGGUGACUGAUUUUCAACAGAAGUGGAAGCUCGCUUGGUCGGUAUGGAAACGCCCAACGCAGGUCACGUGCAAGUUAAGUAUAAUGGUACGUGGGGGACGAUUUGUGCAUGGCGAGGUCUGCCGUAUCAAACAGCGAAAGUUAUAUGCAGGCAACUUGGUCUCAGACCCCCAAUAAAGAACAUCUUCGGGAAUAAAGAAUGCACGGCAACUAAUCGCGGAGCUAAAAGAGUAUGGCUGUCCAACCUGAACUGUCAGGGAUUUGAAAAUUCUGUCGACGAGUGUCCUCACAGAGGCUGGGGAAGACUAGACUCGGAGUAUUGUCGAGGAUGUACGCCUCGUCAUUGUAGUGUGUGUUUGAUUUGUCAGCCACAAGACACAAAUAUUACAGGUAAAGAGAACAAUAAUGUAAUCUAGAUAACAUCAAGCAUGUCGCUGACAACUGAGGGAUUUUCUUUUCCUCACAAUCACGUUCUGCUUCAUUUUGAAAACUUAAGUUAGAACUUCCUUUUAGUGAUGUCAACAGUUUCUGACCAUGCAAAAGAAAAAUUCAAAGCAGAGUCAUUUCAUGCUGUGGUGAAUGUAAUGUGCCUUAGUGCGAAGAUUAGGUUGAUUGAAAACGUUUUUGAACUCGGUGCAUGUGCUGUCCCUUAAAUUUUUUUAUGGAUAGUUAUGAUCGUGACAGUUCAAAUAGUUUUUGUUUGUUAUUGAUAUUUACACCAAGAAAGUUUUGUUUUCACGAACAGACCUCCAUCUUAGAAUGGUUGGAUCAAAUCUUUCGUACGCUGGCCGUGUGGAGGUUAAGUAUGCAGGAGUCUGGGGAGUAAUAUGCCCGCGUCACAUGAAUGGCUCUGUUUUUAGAGUAAUCUGCCGUCAGCUUGGUUAUGUUGGUGUCAUGGGAGAUGAAAGCUUAUAUACAAGAAGGAGCUUACAACUCUAUGGAGACUCAGAGGGCCCUGUUUGGUUGAGCAAAGUAUACUGCGAUGGAAAUGAAACAUCCUUGGCACAAUGUAAGAUUGAGAGUCUGGGAGAAAUUUUGUGGUGCUCACAUCACGAAGCCUUGGAAAUAAUGUGUCAGCCAAAGAAUUAUACACCACGUGAGUAGCACUGUGUAAGUAAGAAGAAUUAUCAUUCGAAGCAAAUUUUUCUUUCUUUUCAUUGGCCGAGAGCCCACCACGUGACCUGCAAAUAACUGCGUACAAAUAAUGGUCUGCUCAUGCGCAAAGCCGUCCAACUGUGUUUGGCUGCAAAUAAUAUUCUGCUCAUGCGUAAAGGAAACCGUGCUUUUCUUCUUCUUGCGAUCGCUCUUGCGUGAAAAUGGCAAAUCUCUUCGCUUCCCAAAGAUAUUCAUUGAAAAAAUGAACUCGGUGAUCGAAUAAUAAAAAAAUUAUUGAACUCGGUUAUCGCAAAAUAUCGUGAUCUGUCAGUGUCUCGCAGAUCAUCAAUUAUUUGCCGAAGCCGAAUAAUUGAUCUGCUCGCCACAGACAAAUCACGAUAUUUUGCUCAACCUCGUCCAAUAAUUGUUCAUUAUUUUACAUUAUACACACCAUCUGUCUUCUCAUUGGUUAAGAGCUUCCUAGGGUUUUUUUUGGAAAUCGGCACCACCUAUUGAUUAGUUAGUUAUCUGCCAUUAGAUGACUGACUAAUCUGUAGGUUGCGCGCGUAAUGCAUGGUUUCCACGAACAAUGUCGAACUAUGUUCCAUGCGAUUGUGUGUUUGUCGUUAUUUUCUUCAAAACGAUGUUUAACAAAACAGUUAUUUGAUUCGAUUUCUUUGCUAUCCUCUUAGUAAGUGGUAUCAGCCGAGACCAAUACCUCGACCUUGAUCAUUCCGGAUUCAAAAAAGAACAAGAACCUCAUCCAGUAAUUGUUUAUUAGAGUCACGCUUAGCUUCAUCUUCGUUCAUGGGAGAACUCGUAGUCCGCCUAGAACCCUGAAAAAUUAUAGAAAGGGAAAAUACUUGACUUGCCAAGAAUUUAAAACAUGUGUGUGAAGACGUAAUUCUUGUUUUUUUUCCCCGCUGGUUACCGUAGCUACACUAAAACACUCGAUAUAUUUUAGUCACAGAACACCCCUAAGUCAAUGACAGGAUAAGUCCACGUAUAUGUGUAGACGCGACCUAAAUCAGAGGAAAGAUUAUAGGAAAAUUAGAAUUUCCCAAUCAGAAAAAAUGUAUAACUGAUAUUAUCAAUCGCUUUACCUUGACUUAUCCUGAUUUAUUUAGCAUAUCCGAUCCGUUUGGCUGGAUCAUCAGUAGCACAUGCUGGUCGACUGGAAGUUCUAUAUAAUGGAACUUGGGGUACAGUGUGUGGUGGUGUGUACGAUUGGAGUGUUAGAACUGCAAAUGCCUUGGUUGCCUGCAGGCAGCUUGGGUUUGGAUUACCUAUAAGGUCAGUACAACAGUCAAAAUUUUCCGUAAGUGAAAACAGCCGUUUCUCCUCGCUCCUCGACGCUGGAGACGUUUCUCGAGGAGGAACGUUUGCGAAUUAGUAGCCUGCGAAAACAUCCGUUUCUCCUCGCUCUUCGCCGCUGGGGACGUUUCGCGGGAAGGAGUCUGCGACUCAGAGGCAGAAAUUCCAUGCUGAUGACGCAAAGCAAUGUUAACGUAAUAAAUCUGGUAGUCAUGGGGUUCCAAAUAUAAAUUUGUCCUAUUUUACGUGUUUUGUGGUCGAUUUUGGUAAAGUGUUGUGUUUAUCUGACAACGAGCUCCAGCGAAACUCAAAUGCUUCUUCUAGAGAAGACUAUAUUCCACAAAUAUUUUUGCAUAUCAGACUGGGACUGUAAAUGUCGAUCAAAUUAAACGACGAAAAAACUUUUAAAGUAGACGAUGGCAGGGUAAGGCGGCUGAAUACGGCAUUUUACGAUUUAUUGAAGGCAUUUAUUUCUGAUUUCUAUACUUAUUUUUACAUACAGAUCAACUAUCAGCUGGCUAGCCCCAAAAUUUUCAAACUGUCCGUCAAGUACCCACGCCACAGGGGCCAUUUGGUUGUCCAAUGUCCGGUGCAAAGGAACUGAAAGCUCAUUGGACCAAUGUCCCAGUCUUGGAUGGGGUAAAGCGAAUAAACAUUGUGAUCACGUCUCAGAUGUAUGCCUGGUCUGCGAUAACUCACAAUGUCAUAAUAUGGGUGAGUUUUUUAAGUUAUGUUACCGCUAUCGUCCUAUAAACAACGCAUUAAGUACAAUCUAAUCCUGUGACAAAAUUCUAAAAGUUCAAAUUCGACAAAAUUUUCUCAUUGAGUGGCUGCUUUCACUGUUAACGGACAAUAUUUUGGCUUUAUAUAGCCAGAGAAAACAAACAUUUUUUGACGCCACCGCUGGUUUCUCCGCGAAAUUUCAUACUGAUUUCGUGUCAAAAUAUGGGUGUUGAUUCUGAUUGGUCGAAAAAAGCAGAAUAUUUGGUUGAAAAAGCAGAAUAUUUUAAGUGUACAGCAAAUAACAACUCUCAACGUUCAGCUCCAGCCCAGGAGAGUUAAAAAAGUUACCUAUGUCAUUUUUAAAUUGUCGCUCUAUAGAAAUAAUGGUCCGUUUAAGUGGUUCUGAGGUACCUUAUGCUGGCCGCGUAAAAGUACGUUAUCAAGGAGUCUGGGGAACUUUAUGUGCAUCUGAAUGGAAAACAGAGACCUCUGAAGUAUUGUGCCGGCAGCUCGGAUACAAGGGCGUUGAACUAGAUUUCACUGAGCACAAUAAAUACUGGUACCCACCACUAGACAUAUAUGACGCCGUUCGAGGACCAGUGUGGUUUAAUGGUGAUGGAUGUAAUGGAAAGGAAAGGACUCUGUCCGAAUGUCAGUUACGUCAGGAACCGCACUGUGGCCAAGAUGAUCCUCAACUAAUCUGCAAGGUUGAGAAUUCUUCUGUUGACGGUGAGUGAUUUGAUUCAAACAUAUCCCUAGAAAGACGUGCCACUGCAAGUGCUUAUCACACGGCCUGUCGCAUUGAACUUUGACGCUUUUCACAAGCAGCACCCCCUUAAAACCUUCAGCGCGUUGUAACUGCGCAUGCAAAGAGUAAUUUUAACAUAAAUCAGUCUGCAUCUGUGUUGAAAAUAGAAAGAAAAAAAUAUUGGUUGUGAAAUAUGUUCUCUCUGAUUUUUUCUUACUGGCUUUAGCGUCAGGUUGGGCUUUAGGGUUGCUCCCUACUGCACUGAAUAUAAAGAAAAGCCAUUAAGACUUCAUUACUGUGGCUGAGUUAAGAAUCGCGUAUAGUAUAUAUAUUUUCUUACAACUUUAGUAUGUGUGUUCUCUAACAAGCGUAAAUGCUGGCGUGUAUUAUGCCCUCUUGAGCUCAAUUUAGGUUACCAGACUACUAACCCUGUAAACUUCUCUUAAAAUAUAAGCACCGUUUCUCUUUUAACAGUUUUUCCAGUUAGGCUAGGAGGGAGCAAUCCCAGGGAGGGCCGCGUAGAGGUCUUCUAUGGUGGCCUUUGGGGCACAGUAGGAACUGCAAAAUGGGACUUUAGAGAUGCUUUGGUACUGUGUCGCCAACUUCGAUUCAGCCAUGUCCAAAACACAUACACAAAGAAGUUUAAAGGAAGUACACGAGUGUUUUGGUUUGGUGAUUUUGAAUGUCAGGGGAGUGAGGCAACAUUAGGCCAGUGCAGACACAGGUUAAUUGCAAGAGCCUUCUUCGAUGAUGAUGAACCCUUUGAUGUGUAUGUACGCUGUAGCAAUGGCACAGAGACUGAAACAGGUAAAUCAAUUCUAGAAAACUGUGCCCAGUUGUUCAAAAGGUGAAUAAAGCGCCCAUUUAACGGAUGAACCUCUAACAAUUGGAUUCGGGUGGAUUUCCACUGGCACGUAAUUUUUACCUUCGUUCGGCGAGUAAUUUACACGCGUAAAUAAGAUAGAGGCGAUGUAUGAAAGGCCACGCGUAAACGUGCAAGUUGAGCGAGGUUCAACUUUUACGUUUACGCGCGACCUUCCUUACAUUGCCUAUAUUUCAUUCUCGCGCAAAAAAAUUACGUGCGUACGCACGUAAAAAUUACGAUUAAUUAGAUUAGUUCAAUUCACCAAAACUCAAUUGGUCUAUUUAAUUACGUUUAUCCACAGGGUAGGGAUUUUUUCUAUUAAAAAUUCUAUCAAAAUUUAAUUGGAACAACUGGGUCAGGAAAUUUUAAUACAUUAUCUCAUGAGUUUAACGGAAUAAUAUUGAAUCGACAUGCUUAGCUACUGUAGGAAGACUUCGACAGAAGUUAUGAUUGAUGUGACCUUCUUUUAUGUACAGGGUCAGUUACCAUCCGGCUUGACAGUGUUGCAGUUUUUUAUUACAUUCGUUUGCUUUCGAAAAUAGGAUAGGACUUGUCGAGAGAGUUAAAUCACUCCGCAACGGAUGGUUUAAACUACCACUCUUGACACAGCUUUCAUUGCUGCUCAUUGGUAGAGAUCCUACCCUGUUCUAAUUGGAUAAGUUGUUAUUUUUGGCACGAAACAUGAAUCCACAAAUAGCCAAAGUCUAAUACAGUUGUGAAACAGGCCUUAUCGAAGAGAUAACUGCUCCGGGGUCAUGGGCUCUUGCUAAUGGGGAAUAUAGAAUCUUCUUUUUCAACAUUAUGUAUCUUCGUUCUUUUUCGUUUUCAUUAAUGCUGACAGUCGUCAACUCUGCAAGGCUCACCUCAUUAGCGACGUCCAUGGCUUCGCUCACCAGUCAUUUGCCAGUUUUAUCUACGAACACUCCAAGGAAUUCUUCCUCGACAACGUCUAUGGUCCCAAUUACUAUUUAUUCCACAAUUUCAUCUACUACAACGGAAACAAACACAUGGAAGCUUGCUCCCACUAGCACUUUUAUUGCUCAAGGAUCGCAGCUUCUGUCGAUACCAGCAACAGAGGGCUCUCCGAUUUUGUGUCCGAACCAACCUUGUCAGAAUGGGGGAACUUGUGAAAAGACGACCUGUCGCUGUUCCGAAAAAUUUGCAGAUGUUUAUUGUGAAGUUUACGUUGGUAAGUAGAACACUUCAAUAGACCAAUUUGUGCUGGUAAUAAAAUUUGCGGCUGAAUUUCGAUCUAAGCUAGAAAAACAUUAAAAAAAGCGACUUGACAACGGUCAGGAUAAACAUAUCUGUUCUAAAGUCCCUAGUGUAAUGCCGCUUCAACUUCGUUGGGAAAUUUUUUCCCUAAUAUUUUCCCGCCCAGCAUGCCCACUAUAAUUCAUAUAGCAAAUAGAUGGAAUAAAUGAACAGACAAACAAAUGAAUAAAUAAAUACCAAGGAUAGAAUUAAAUUGAAAAUUAACCUUGAUAUAAUAGAUUUUGUAUAAACUUACACCUCUGUAAUAUUGUAGGUGAAAAUGCUGUUUCCAUGGUAUUGAAAAUGAUUCUGGAUCAAGUAAGUCCGACUCUCUCCUUGUUCAUAGUACAUUGAAUAGGUAGGAAAUGCCAUAUAUCAGUUUACGGAUGUGAUCAGUCUAUGAUCAGGGUAUAUAUUGCGUACACUGGUAGAGCCGUAUCCACAAGUACAUUUUUUCAGGGAUUUACAUAUUAUGUUUCGUAUGGGUUUCGUAUAAGUUUACAUGGUUAUGUUGUCAGUAAGUCAGUUUUCCUUUGGUGCAUAGCUCAAUUGUACCUCAAAAUCGUGUCUUGCACCUUGGUUACUGGUCGUCGUAAGUUGCUUCCGUAGACUUUCAUCGGACGCCAUUUUUUCUUCACACCCCUGAUUUCGUAUUGUCUAAAGUCACAGCACUCAACGUACUGCGGUGGGAAAAAGGCGCUUCUAGGCGUAGCAAAGAGCCUAGAAGUGACCCAGCUUCGUGUUCCCCGGCGUGGGCGCCAUUUUGGAAAAUUGGAAGACGUCAUCAUGCAUAUCCAGUUCUGCUUGUGGCCCAGACUGGUACCAAAUGAAUUCUCCUUUCGUCUGUGAGCGAGUCGUCAUCAGUUACACAAGCUGUUCUGUAAGGUCUCUGGCCUGUAAAAAGACGUUGUUUUCUUUUCUUUUCGAAAAUUGAAGAGCGAGCGCGCGCGGUUUUUUUUUCAUACGCGCACUCGACGAUCUCUUGAUUAAGUGAAAAUAGAGGGUCUGUGAAAAGGCUAUAAGUCCUCGUUUAAACCAGUUAUUUUAACUUUGUUUUUUAGUGGAAUGCUUCCGAGUUCAAAAGAAAUCUAGCUGCUGUUUUAACAAACCAUUGUAGCCUGAACCCAUGUUUGAAGGACAACGUGUAAGUCGAUAUUUUAAAUGCUCUUUGUUAAAGAAUUGACCCAUGAUCAAUCAUGGACAAAUGUCUUGGGACAAAUUUGCAUUUGCUGCGCUUUUUUAAAUCACACUUGCCCAACCCCUUCUGCAACCCCACAAACAACGUCAGGACGCGUGUAUCCAGAAAUUUAACCCCUAAGUUUCAACGUUGUAUAAGAUGUGGGGAGAGGAUCUGCAAAGUAUUUUCCCAAAGGUAACAAUAUAUCCGUAGAACUCCAAAGAAAUAGCAAGUAAUAAUAAAAUAUUAGGACGCAAACUAACAAAGAUUCUCCAACAAAAAAACAACCCGCAGGCCCCCCCCCCCCCCCCAAAAAAAAAAAAAAACCGCGCAAUUGCUUAAUAAACCAUUCUACUUCUUUCUUCCAUCAGAAAUCCAGAUACACAAAGCCAAAAAAAGGCUCUGACUUUUCAGCCUGAUGAUAUAAUCAUACUUCAGGGAUACCCAAAGACUUGGAAGGACAUGGAACUCUUAAGUGUAAAACUGGUCGUUAAAAUGCCAACGGAUGCUAACAAUAGCAUAAUACCUCAUAAAAUUAUGAAGCAGCUACUGACAAAGGUAGCACCUGAAAUUGAACAACAGAUGGGAAUCAGAGUCGUUUUUAUUGGCGAGAAGGAAAUCAUUUCAGCAUCACCCGAUGCUUCUGGUCGCAACUCAGAUAAAUCGCGGAAGUCUUCCUCGACGCAUAGAUCAGUUUUGAUAGCUCUUGCGGUCGUUGUUGGCUUAGUGUGCUUGGUGGCCAUAGCCACGAUUGCUUGGUAUCGUCGUAAAAAGAAAAGGUAG